GCAUAGUUUUGAAGGGGAAUUGUGCAAUAAUUUAUUUCAGUCUCAUAUGUUAAAUUACAACAACAAGCAUGCUAACUGCAGGUAAAUUCAAAUGUAUUUCACUGUAGCAGGGCUCCUUUGAACAGUUUUUAGUGCCCUUAGGCAUAUGUUGAAUUCCUGUGCUUAUGGAGAGGUAUACUGGAACAUUUGCAUUACGCAGUUUUCAGCAAAAAAGUACUCAUUAGCUUGUCAGCAGUUCUUCAUUUACUCAGUUGUAGCUAGGCUGAUCCUAACCCUCGUCUAGGAUGGGACUCUCAUUUUUUAGCCUUUUAUCCAGGAUACAUUUCUUGGUGAAUGAUCAUGCCAGCAGUCUUUGACUUCUUCUAAACCUUUAUUUCAGUUGAGCUGUACAACUUCUUAUGAAACUAAACCACACCCAGCACUUGGUGAUGACAGUAAAAGAGCGCAUAUCUAAACAUUGUGCUGUCCUGGGGAGGAGUCUUGCUCGUACCUUCUUCCCAGAAGGAAGAACCUCUGCAGGUCAGAUGGAAAAAGGAAACUGAAAUUCUGAGGUGUGGCUCACCUGGAAAGAAAAGCAGCUGCAGAGGUAUUCCCGACUCCCUUUGAACAUCAGCCUGUUUGAGAGGCGUACUGCGAUGAGCGCUUUCGAGAAACAGACAGAAUCCAUUGUAAAAGCCUUAUUCUCUGACCUCUUAAAUGAAGAGGAAACUGUUAACCGAUGUCUGGAGACAGAUUCAGGAGAAUCUGAGCAGUCUGCGGAAGAAACUCCAAGUAAUUUUGACCCAGUUGUUAUCGCCAGUCGUCUGCGAAGCAUAGGGGACGAGUGCAACAUAGAUUUUGAAAAUUCCUCGCAGGUUGUUGCUGAAGUACUGAAGGGAAAGAUAGAGAAGUUCGAGGCUGCAGUGGAUUCCCUCAGCAGGAGAUGGAGUAACCAGAAUCCAGAGCUUUGCUAUGAGAGAGCGUUUCUCACUAUUUCUGUGAAACUGGCAAUGUGUAUUGCAAAAAAAGUCCCAGCUGUGGUCCAUCACAUUCCACUCGUAGAACUGAUUAAUGGAAAUUCCCGAGUGAGAAGCUACAUUGAGUCCUGUGGAGGAUGGGAGAACUUGGACAAUUGAAAGGGAAAGGGCUAUGCUACUUUCCAAAAGGUGAAGCUGGGUUUUUCACUGAUUUAAUUAGGACAAUUGCUUUUAUAUUUCUUCAGGAGAUCACAAGUACAACUGUACAAAAAAGCAAUGUGUAAAGGAGAUUCUUUCUGUAUCACUGCAAACAAAAAAUAAAAAGUCAGUUUGUUUUAA